UCUCACAGUGUCUGCGCAUCCAUGGACAUGAUUAUGAUACUUUUAAUAUCUGGUUUGGCGCAGCCCUCGGUCUGGGGGUCUGUGCUUAAAGUGAGACCAGGACAAAACCUCACUUUGUUUUGUGAUUGCUCAUUAGACAUUGGGACACUCAUAAUCUGGCAAAGAAACUGUUCCCACUCCAACCAGCCGUCAUUGGUUUUGAACGUGAAGAAGUCCUACUCGCCGCGUACGUCCGAGAAUCCGAUGAGUCCGCUGCCUCGCUUUCAAUUCGUGAAAAAUCAGUCGUCGAAUUCCUAUGAUUUGCAAAUUACCAAUGUCACAGAAUCAGAUGAAGGUUUGUACUUUUGUGGAACUGAGAGACGCAAACUGGAGAAAAUAAAUAACACAAUAUCUUCAACGUAUGUGCACACUUAUGGGAAAGCCACAACAAGAAUACAACUGAUAUCUGCUGUUACGACAAACAAGCCUCACCUGAAGAACUGUGAUGUCUGCUGGAAACUGCUGUACGUUUUGUGUCCAACUACAGCCCUUCUGUCCUGCCUGACCGUGUCGUGUGUGCUCUGCUACCACAUCAACAAAAUGAGGAAAGUUCGCGCAAAACCAAAUGGAGCAUCAAAUGGAGAAACGGAUGAAGAUGUGUGUUACGCCGCUUUAGAUAUCCGCCAAACCUCACAGAGACAGCGGAAAACAAGCUCCCAUGCUGAUUUCUGCACAUACUCUGCUGUUAAGACUUCCAGAGAAUGA